AUGUCGCUUUCUCUUGUGUCGUACCGUCUAAGAAAGAACCCGUGGGUUAACAUUUUCCUGCCUGUUUUGGCCAUAUUUCUAAUAUAUAUUAUUUUUUUCCAGAGGGAUCAAUCUUUAUUAGGACUUAAUGGUCAAUCCAUUUCCCAACACAAAUGGGCACACGAAAAAGAAAACACAUUCUAUUUCCCCUUCACCAAGAAAUAUAAGAUGCCAAAGUACUCCUAUAAGAAAAAAAGCGGCUGGUUGUUCAAUGACCACGUGGAAGAUAUUAUUCCAGAAGGCCAUAUUGCACAUUAUGAUUUGAACAAAUUGCGCUCUACUCCGGAAGCAGCUGUCAAUAAGGAACAUAUUUUGAUAUUGACUCCAAUGCAAACAUUCCAUCAACAAUACUGGGACAAUUUGCUGCAGUUGAAUUAUCCUCGGGAAUUGAUUGAAUUGGGGUUCAUUACACCUAGAACAGCCACUGGUGAUUUGGCCCUAAAGAAACUAGAAAAUGCCAUCAAAAAAGUUCAAACGGACAAGAAGACCCAAAGAUUUAGUAAAAUUACUAUUUUGCGACAGAAUUCCCAGAGUUUCGACAAGUUGAUGGAGAAGGAAAGACACGCGUUAGAUGUUCAAAAGGAGAGACGUGCAGCAAUGGCUUUGGCGCGCAACGAAUUACUAUUUUCCACCAUAGGGCCUCACACUUCUUGGGUUUUGUGGCUGGAUGCCGAUAUUAUAGAGACGCCAGUAUCCUUAAUUCAAGAUAUGACCAAACACAACAAGGCUGUCUUAGCUGCAAAUAUUUAUCAAAGAUUCUACGAUCAAGAGAAGAAACAACCAUCAAUCAGACCAUACGAUUUCAACAACUGGCAAGAAAGUGACAUUGGUUUGGAAAUAGCCUCUCAGAUGGGUGAUGACGAGAUUAUUGUUGAGGGUUAUGCAGAGAUUGCCACUUAUAGGCCAUUAAUGGCACAUUACUAUGACGCCAAUGGCGCAUCAGGUGAGGAAAUGGCACUGGAUGGUGUCGGUGGUGGAUGUACUUUGGUUAAAGCGGAAGUUCAUAGAGACGGUGCCAUGUUCCCUAAUUUCCCCUUUUAUCAUUUGAUUGAAACGGAAGGUUUUGCCAAGAUGGCGAAGAGAUUAAACUAUGACGUAUUUGGUUUACCAAACUAUUUGGUUUAUCACAUAGAAGAAGAAAACCAUUAA